UACUGCCUCCUCCCCCCCUCUCCGAGUGGGAAGCGGCGCCUCAGUUGCCAUUCAACAUUUUAAAGCACAAGCCGCUUUGCUGUGAAAGCGCCCGAACCACACUUCCCUGAAAGGCACCAGAGGGGAGGCACAACGGCAGAUUCCACCCGCCGAGGCGGUGGGGAGCAGAGGAAACAAUUGACUGCCAGUAUUUCAUUUGCAAAAGAAGACUGCAUUUUUAUAAUCGCUUCGCGCCUCUCUCCCCCUCCCCUCUGCCAUUCCGCUUACAUGGAUGUAAUUCAGAAUCUGUUAAUUCACGUGGGGAAUCCAGUUACAUCUUGUUCCGCUCCGGGUAUAUUAACGAGAGAGCAAUAAUCGCCUUUGGACACAUAGCCUGGUUGCUAACCUUUGAACUGAAAGGAUCAAGUUCAGAUCUGGUUACCUGCAUUGGGACGGAAAGGAAGAGCGAGCAAGAGAGAGAGAGAGCGAGAGAGAGAGAGAGAGCGAGACUGACUGCAAUCUCAUUUGUGAAUCGCUCUCAGUGCUGCAGAUCCAGAUUGCUAUAACACAUGCAGUGCAAAUGCAGGUAAGGCACACACACAAACUGCGGAUGCAAAAACAAACUUGGGACUGUUGUGUGUGUGUGUGUGCGUGCAUUGCUCCUGCUUUGGAAAUUCUGGGCAAACGGUUUCUGCAGUUUUUGUAUCGUCGCUUUGUGACUAAUGACCUUGCGCAGAGUUGUUAAAAAAUCCUCUCCAGAGAAAGAACUGAACAUUUUAGGCGAUCUGUGAAGAUGGAUUUGGGUGCUUUUCUGCUAACCGAAAGGGAUUUUCUGUGGACUGCUUUGUGAUACAAGAGGUUCUCGCCUAGCCACUGCACAGCUACCGAUAUUAUUGGGUUUUGGGGGGUAUUUUUCUUUAUUUUUUAUUUUAUUUUUAAUCAAUGAUUUAAUUGUGUUUUUGCCCGCUGCUUAAAAGGAUUAGGAGUUUUCCGGACUCAGCCCUUUUGAAUGAGGCGAUUCACAUUUUUUCCCCCGUGUGCGUGCAGAGUGCGGAAAGAAAGGAGCUAAUGCCUUAGUCGUAAAGGGCUGAGAGAGACAGAGGGAGAAGAGUGUGAAUUGUACUUAACUCUAGGAGCAAAGAAGACGACCUGAGGAGGGAGGGCUUCAAAUAGCACCGUGCUGCUCCUGCUUUUAUUAUCCAAACCUUGCAAAGUGAUUACAGUAAAACCAGAGAGGAGGAGGAGGAGGAAGAGGAGGAGGAAAAUCCCGUCCUAUCUGCUGAGAUGAAUCUUUAAAAAGGAAAAUACACUGUCCCGUGAACUGUAAGCAUAUUGCAACUGGAAGGAAGGGCGGAGAAGAGCCAACACCAGGGUUUUGACCACCGAUUGCACCAGCUAUGAGACACUAAGUUUCCCGGAAGAGAAGGAUUUUAUAAUUGAUCAUCCGCACGCUGAGCAUUUCUGUUGGCUUGUCAGGGGAGUUGGUGGGAGAGAGGAGGGGGUUUUUGGUGCGAAAAAGAUGAGGAAGAUGCGGACUCUCUUUGGCUUUGUGCAUUGCUGCUGCUGCUGCUGCUUCUUGCUCCUCCUGCCUCCUCCGCUCUGGGUCAGCCUGGCCGCGGCCAAGCAGCAGCUGAGGUACCCCCGCAUAGGCAACGUGGCUUCGGACCUGGGCAUCGUGACGGGCUCUGGCGAGGUGACAUUCAGCCUGGAGUCGGGUUCCGACUACCUGAAGAUCGAUAACAUGACCGGGGAGCUGAGCACCACUGAGCAGAUGAUCUUCGAUGAGAACGAGUGCUUCCUGGACUUCGAGGUCUCGGUGAUCGGUCCCUCGCAGAGCUGGGUGGAUCUCUUCGAAGGCCGGGUCAUCAUCCUGGACAUCAACGACAACACCCCCACCUUCCCGUCGCCGGUCCUCACCCUCACCGUGGAGCAGAUCCGGCCUGUAGGGACCCUCUAUCUGCUCCCCACCGCCACCGACAGAGACUUCGGCCGCAACGGCAUAGAGCGCUACGAGCUGCUGCAGGAGCCCGGCGGGGACGGGGGGAGACGUGGCGGCGGAGGGGGAUCGGCUUCUGGCGGUGAGAGCGCCCUCUACCCCGGCGGCAGUAAGAGGAGGCAGGAGGUGGACGGGGCGGCCCGCAGCAGCGUGUUCGAGCUGCAAGUGGCUGACACCCCGGACGGGGAGAAGCAACCGCAGCUGAUUGUCAAGGGGGCGCUGGACCGAGAACAGCGGGACUCCUAUGAACUGAGCCUGAGGCCGGCCCGCUCCUCACAGGCCAUCCUGAGGGUGCUGAUCACCGACGUGAACGACAACAGCCCCCGCUUCGAGAAGAGCGUGUACGAGGCGGACCUGGCGGAGAACAGCAGCCCCGGAACCCCCAUCCUGCAGCUGCGGGCUGCAGACCUGGACGUGGGGGUGAACGGGCAGAUCGAAUACGUCUUCGGGGCGGCCACCGAGUCGGUGCGGCGCCUGCUGCGGCUGGACGAGACUUCGGGCUGGCUCAGCGUCUUGCACCGCAUCGACCGGGAGGAGGUGAACCAGCUCCGCUUCUCCGUCAUGGCCCGGGACCGGGGCCAGCCGCCCAAGACCGACAAGGCCACGGUGGUGCUGAACAUCCGCGACGAGAACGACAACGUGCCCACCAUCGACAUCCGCAAGAUCGGCCGCAUCCCGCUGCGGGACGGGGUGGCCAGCGUGGCCGAGGACGUGCUGGUGGACACCCCCAUCGCCUUGGUGCAGGUGUCGGACCGCGACCAGGGCGAGAAUGGCGUGGUGACUUGUACAGUGGUGGGGGACGUGCCCUUCCAGCUCAAGCCGGCUAGCGAGGGCGAGGGAGAGCCCCAGAACAAGCGCAAGUACUUCCUGCACACCUCGGCCCCGCUCGACUACGAGGCCGUCCGUGACUACAACGUGGUGAUCGUGGCCGUGGACUCGGGCAGCCCCAGCCUGUCCAGCAACAAUUCGCUGCUGGUGCGGGUGGCGGACACCAACGACAACCCGCCGGUGUUCAGCCAGCCCGUGGUGGAGGUCUCCUUCCCGGAGAACAACUCGCCCGGCGAGAGGGUGGCCACGGUGGCGGCCACGGACGCGGACAGCGGCAAGAACGCCGAGAUCACUUACUCGCUAGAGCCCUCGCCUCUCUCCUCGGAGGCGCCCGGCGGCAUCUUCACCAUCGACCCGGACUCCGGGGACGUGCUGGUGCAGGCGGUGCUGGACCGCGAGCAGCGCGACACCUACGAGUUCCAGGUGACGGCCCGGGACAAGGGGGUGCCGGCCCUGCAGGGCUCCACCACCGUGGUGGUGCGGGUGGCCGACCGCAACGACAACGAGCCGCGCUUCAUGCAGGACGUGUUCACCUUCUACGUGAAGGAGAACCUGCAGCCCAACAGCCCCGUGGGCAUGGUGACCGUGAUGGACGCCGAUAGGGGCCGCAACGCCGAGCUCAGCCUUUCCAUCCAACCCGGGGAGCAAGACCAGGCCGCCGGCAUCUUCUCCAUCGAGAACGACACCGGCACCAUCUACUCUACCGUCUCCUUCGACCGGGAGCAGCAGACCAGCUACACCUUCAAAGUGAAGGCGGUGGACGGAGGGGAGCCGCCCCGCUCGGCCACUGCCACCGUCUCCCUCUUCGUGAUGGACGAGAACGACAACCCGCCCGCCGUCACCUUCCCCAGCAACAGCUCCUACACCGUGCUUCCCCCCUCCAGCAACCUGCGCACCGUCGUGGCCACCGUGCUGGCCACCGACGCGGACACGGGCCUCAACGCCGACCUCAACUACAGCAUCGUCGGGGGCAACCCCUUCAAGCUCUUCGAGAUCGACCCGGCCAGCGGCGUGGUGUCGCUGGUGGGCAAGCUGGCUCCCAAGCACCACGGCCUGCACCGCCUGGUGGUGCAGGUGAACGACAGUGGCCAGCCGCCCCAGGCCACCACCGCCUUACUUCACGUCUUCGUCAACGAGAGCCUUUCCAACGCCACCGUGGUGGAGAGCCAGGUGGCCCGCAGCCUGCACACGCCGCUGGCCCAGGACAUCGCCGGCGACCCCAGCUACGAGCUGAGCAAGCAGCGGCUCAGCAUCGUCAUCGGCGUGGUGGCCGGCAUCAUGACGGUGGUGCUGCUCAUCCUGGUAGUGGUCAUGGCCCGCUACUGCCGCUCCAAGGGCAAGCACGGCUACGAGGCGGGCAAGAAGGACCACGAGGACUUCUUCACCCCGCAGCAGCACGACAAGGCCAAGAAGCCCAAGAAGGACAAGAAGGGCAAGAAGGGCAAGCAGCCCCUCUACAGCAGCAUUGUCACCGUGGAGGCCUCCAAACCCAACGGGCAGCGCUACGACAGCGUCAACGAGAAGCUCUCCGACAGCCCCAGCAUGGGCCGGUACCGCUCGGUCAAUGGCGGCCCGGGCAGCCCGGACCUGGCCAGGCAUUACAAAUCCAGCUCGCCGUUGCCCACGGUCCAGCUCCACCCGCAGUCCCCCACCGCCGGGAAAAAGCACCAGGCCGUGCAGGAACUGCCCCCGGCUAAUACUUUUGUGGGGGCAGGAGACAACAUCUCCAUUGGAUCGGACCACUGCUCCGAGUACAGCUGUCAGGCCAGCAGCAAGUACAGCAAGCAGGUGGAUUCAGUGCAGACUACGCAGCCCCCUGGCCACACUGAGGAAUCGUGUAAAAUGAAUCCAUUUCGUAGAGUGACGUUUUCUGUUGUGAGUCAGCCUCAGGACCCACAUCAAGGGUCAUUGCAGAGUUGCUAUGACAGCGGUCUGGAGGAGUCAGAAACACCAAGCAGUGCUGCUACCAGACUUGCCAACUCUCCUGAUUUUAUCACGAGUCUCUCAGUAUUUGAUUCGAGGCCUCUUCCAGAUGUAGCCCUGACAGGGAAAUGUACUCGAGAGUGUGAUGAAUACGGCCACUCAGACUCCUGCUGGAUGCCAGUUCGUACGUCACCUGAAAGGAAACAGAAGAGCCAUCCAAAACUCUCCACCUUCAUGCCCGUUGAUGAACGAGGCAGUCAGGAAAAGCUGGCCAAUGGAGAAGCCUCCCUCAUGGGUGAUCGCAACAGAAACCUCCUGAACAAAAAGUUGACCUCAUCCUAUGAGACCUUCAGCGCAGCUAGUUUCAGCAAAAAUGAGGAAGCCAACCCAGAGGAUAUCCCCCUUACACAGACAGGGGAAUACAAACCAUCUCCUGUCAAUACUCUAACUCGAAGAGAAGUUUACCUGUAGGUUACAAAGAAGCAACAAAUUUCAUUCAUGUAUAAGAAGGAAAAGGGGCAAAAAAUUCAUAAAAUCAAAACAAUUUAGCAUGAGAAAAAAGGAAGAAAAAAAAGAGAGGGGGCCACCAAAGAGACAAAAGCUUUGCCUGCCACUUCUGCCUCCAUAUCAGGCACUUAAUUAUACCGUCUGCCUGACUAUAUUGUACAAUGUAGAAACAAUUGUUGUCACUUGCAUGUCUAAUCCCCCUCACUGAUUUUUACUUUCUUCAAUUUAUGGUUGCAAAUUCCUUUCAUGGUAACAAGCCUGAUUGAAAGAACCCCACACACUGUUGUUACCCCUCUGCUGAAGCAUGAUUUAAGUCACUCUGGUUUUGUUUGAUUGUCAUCUGGCUUGUUAAGGAUAACAGGUCAGGCAAAAUAUAUUCCAAGCAUAUCAUCUGAAUAUUGCUGAUCCCCAUCAGGGAUGAUCCUUCAGAAACCGUACAAAUAUAGAGGUAACUAUAAAGGGAUAACCAUUAACAGGCACUUUGUGAAGAUCACAGCUUUAAUAUUCUCACCUGAGGCUUGAAGCAACAGAAUUAUAUUGAGCCUGAGACUGCAGUCCAAAACAUGACAUAUUUCUCUAUGAAUCAUGAACUCUGGGUUCUGUUUUAUCCAUAGAAGGAACUUUCUAAAGGCUUACUUUAGCGUAACAAAAUUAAUGUCAUGUGUACCGUAGCAUACUAAUGAUAAACUGUUAAAUUCAUGUUAUUUUGGACAAGACAUAUAUCUAGUUGGGAUGAUCAUAGUAACAAAAAGGCCAAAGAUCGCACUAUGGAUCAGGGGAAUUGCUAAGUAUUUGGUCUUGGCUUAGAAAUCCAAUGUAUCCACAAACAUAUGCAUGCACACAUAAAUACACACUCAAUUACAUUUUGCACAGCAGCACAGUCCACAAGCUCAGAUGACAUACUUAUAUGAAUUUUAGUAGAAUGCCCAAAGGAACUGCUAAGAUGUUUGCUGAUAAUGUUAUAACAUCAUACAGCAUUGGCUGUAUGAUAUGAUACUGCCAGUUCCAGGGAAUAUAUUCUAAAAAGUUAAUUUAAAAAAAAAUCAGAGACUGAGUUGAUGUUACCCAGAACACUUUUUGGGGAAGCUACAUGGGGAAAAGUGAUCUGUUGCAGUGACAAGGGUAUAUUGCAAGUAAAGUAUAAUUUCUUCUUUUCAGAGUGCAAGAUAUGUUUGCUAAAUCUUUUGUCAUCAGUGUUGCAGAUUUCCAAUUGUGUUUGUCAAAAGUAUGAUGCAGGUUUUCUUGAAACACAAGUGCAUUAAAACUGAGUCCUGUGCAAUAUGAGACAAUGUCAAGACUCAGCACACUCCAGCAAGGUGACAAAUGAUCUGAUUCACUUGAUCACUGCAAUGAUACUUUAGGUGAUAGAUCGGGAGAAGUCACAAGGAAUCCAAACUAAUCGUGAGAGCAAAGAGUAGUAGCCAGUGACAAUUCUCACAGUGUACACUUCUUGAAGGUUGUAGGAAACAAAACAGGUUUUUGUGCAAUAAAAGCAACAAAAAGUGCAGAACUUGAGCUACUUGCUUCGUAGCUGAUGAUGUAGUAAUAACUGAAAACUGAACUCAGACAUUCAGAUGAAAAUGACAAUCAGUCAACACAGUGGGGAGAGUUUGAGGGUGCAAACAUUCAAAUCCCUGGGUAUUCAAAUAACCUGGCAUUAAGGCAUGGCUAGAUGGCUUUCUUAUAGACUGUAGUCACAAUGUAGCUUUGGGUAGUUUCUUGCUUUUGAAGCAUUACAUAGAGAAUAUAACAUUAAACAGCCUGAAAUAUAGGUUGAUAAAUCAGUACAACUCAUCACAACAUUUACUUUUCAAAUUCUUUUCUCUACAUAGUAUUGUGCCCUUUUUGGCCAUUACAUUCUCCUGUUAAGUUUAGUUUUGAUUUUGAUACUAGUUUGUGUCUAGAAGUUAUGAUGAAUGGGCACAUGUUAUGAAGAAAAACUAUUAAAACAAAGAUUAAUAAUUGACCAUUUUUAAUUAGUUAAAUUGUGGAGAGAUGCAAAUUAAUACUUUACUAUGAGACUGUAAAGAACAGUUACUGUGUUGUAUAUCCUGUAAGUACCUGUUAAAGAAAAAAAAGAGAGAUUUUAACUAUACUUAUCUAAUGUAUACAUAGUUUUAUUGCACGCUUCAACAAAAUACAGAAUUGCAUAACAGAUGUUCAACAAAACUUUUUUCUUUAAUAGGAACUUUUUAUUUAAUACCACAGUUGAAAACCACUACAUAACUUGUUUCAAUAUAUCUUUAAACCCUUUACAUAAAAAGUUAAUAAUACAGGUCCUAGAAGACCCAUCAGAGCAAAUGGAUCAGCAGUCAUUCACCUAUUUUUGCACCACAUAAGGCAGUCAUGUCACUGGCAUUUACUUGUGAGCAUCUCCUUAGAAUUAAAAUGGGUGUGAAAAGAAUAAUAAAACACUUCAAGUAUUCACAGUAAUUGUAGUAGAACUACCAGUCAUAACAUGUCAAUUACUAUUAUGACCUAGCAUGACACAGAAAUACAUUUUGUGUUUGUAGGGGUUUUUAUUCAUUUGAAAUAAGUUAAUCUGGUGCCACUCCAUAUAUAUGAGUGCUUUUGUAAAAAUGAACACACACAACUAAAUGAAGUAAAACAAAUUGAGUGAAUGCAAAAUAUGCAACUGUGCCUUUUCUACCUGUUGUUAUAGUAGAAUGGUUGAUUGGGUUUGGGCACUGAGGGGUAAUGGGCUAUUCCCAACUUUUUUGAACCUGUAUAUUGAUCCCUGUUUAUUUUCUGAUAAAUUAUAAAUAAUAUAUUUAAAAAUGCCUUCUGCCAAACUCAGAUAUUGGACCAGUCUUAAGUAUCUUUGAUUAUGAAAACCAGACUAUAGUUUAGUUAUGUGCUACUUUUGUUUGUUUGUUUUCCUUCUAAUCUAUUGCCUAAAAAGCUACAGUAUAAAUUACAAUAGGUAAAUACCAUACAGUUAUUUAGCAGAUGUCAAAUUCAUUUUGCCAGGAAAAUUGAAGAUUUUAGUGUCUUAACUGCUUUUUAGCUGCCAUUACAUUUUGGUUGUACAGUAUAAAAAUUGUCCUUUUUUUCCGUCCAUGGGAGGAAACUCAAAUGAACUUUGCAUGUAUUUUACAUUAGGAUACAUUUAUAGAUUGACGCAUAACUAUAUAACUUUAUACAUAUUAGAGAAGACUGUAGCUUCAGUCUAAAAGCUAAUGCUCAUUCUGAACCUGCAGAUCUACUAUAUUAUUCAAUAUGGUUUCUGACUGGCCUGCUGCCUGAGUUUCAGGGAAAAAAAAAAAAAAGGUAGCCAUUAUUUUUAUGUGAGGAAAAACUAAAAUGGGAUCGAAGAUGCUUGGCUGAAAGGCUACCCUAGUAAGUUGUCAAGUAGGAAAUAUAGCGCAAGGCCAUUGAAUCUGCCAUAAAGACAUCUGCCGCUAAAAGGCUUUUAAGGAAACUUGAACAACAAAGCAGUUUCUUUCAUUAUAUCAGUUAUAGUGACAGAGUGUUUCCUUAAAACAUGAGAGUGGUGGAUAACAAAGAAAUGAAUGCAGUCCAGCAAUUAAACUAGUUGUUGCCCAACCAGCAUAACAAGCGGAAGACAACAUCAUUUUCCAACUAACUGGGGUACACUUUCGGACAACUUUUCCCUAAAUUUUAAAGCACUUGCAUUCAGUGUGGUACGCUCUGUUUGUAAUAUUAAUCAUUGACUAUUGUUCUGCAACUUGGAUGUUGAUAGUGAAGCAGAGAACAAUUUAUCAUUGUUUAUUAUGAAUCACUAUGCACGCACCUAUGCUAAACAUGGCGAAAUGUAUUAAAUGCUAGUUCACCUCUAUUUAUGAAAUAUUUUACAUAAUUUAAUUUGCUUUUGUACAGUUUUAUGUAAAUAAAUUGCUUGUCAUUUUUGUCUCUGCAAAUUAAAAUAUAACAUGUUCAAAUGGCUGCCUAUUUUCCAGCA